CACCCCCACCCCCACCCACCUCCUCGCCGGCUUGUUUUUCCUGCAAACGCGGAUUUGCAGAUCAAUUGAUGCCGACAUAUAUUCUUGAUUCGCAAUACCCAUUCGCUAAUCAUUAACUCUGAUUUACCAAGUCAACAAAUUAUCAAAUUCCAUUCGCGCCCAAUACACUUUGCUUCACCUCUUUCAAAAAAAAAAAAGUUUUCUCUUGGCUCCGUUUGAUCUCUGUGUUCGCUUUCAGCUCGAAGAGAAACACGUGUUCCUCAUUGCGGAGUGUGAUUGGAAAAGCAAUUGGGUUUUCGAGGUUUUUUGAAUGUGGUGAUGAUGAACCAAGGAGAAAACACGGAAACUGUUGCUCCUGUUGAGAAGAAUCAAACAAUUGAUCAGCCCCAAGCUCCUACAUCUUAUUUCUCUCCUAACUGUGCUGUUGCAUCAUGGACUGCACAAGAGGAGAAUCAUAACUUGAGGGAGAAUGGAGCUGUCUCUAAUUCUGGCUACAGUCAUGAUCAACCACUGGAGGCGGCCGUGGAUAAUGUUCAAGAUGGAGCAAAUAUGGUGUCUAGUGUCUCGACAUCAAGUUCAGGGUCUACAAAUGUGGCACAAGGUUAUAGUGGUUAUGCUACCUAUCCUAAUGCUGAUCCCUACGGAUAUAACAGCCCGGGUUAUGCGGCUUACUACAAUCAGUAUCAGCAACAAUCCAGUCAGUAUCAGCAGCAACCCAAUCAGUAUCAGCAGCAACCCAGUCAGUAUCAGCAGCAACCCAAUCAGUAUCAGCAGCAACCCGAUCAGUAUCAACAGCAAUCCAGUCAGUACCAACCACAAACCAAUCAGUAUCAGCAGCAGCCUAAUCAGUCUUAUCCCCAUCAUAUAGGAGCUUACCAAAACACAGGUGCUCCUCAUCAGCCUCUUUCCUCAUUUCAAAAUACAGGGUCUUAUGCUGGACCCGCAAGUUACUCAAGCACUUAUUACAAUCCUGGUGAUUAUCAGACGUCCGGAAGUUACACGAGUGGCACAUAUGGUACCCAGACCAACUUGUGGCAGGGAGGGCAAUAUGCGUCAUACGGUUCUCAUCAGUAUCCGAACUAUAGUCAGGACUCCAAUUCAGCCUAUAGUUCUUCAGUUGCAACUGCCCAAUAUCAACAACAGUAUAAACAGUGGCAGGAUUAUUACAAUCAAACUCAAACGGAGGUCAGCUGUGCUCCUGGGACAGAGAACAUACCAGUCCCUGCUUCAUCUAGUGUUAACAGCUCCACCCCUAGUGGAAACAUUGGAUAUACAGCUUCAAACAACCAGAUACCUGCAGCUUACACCCCUUCAUGGAGACCAGAAUCUACUUCAUCUGAAUUAACUUCUGUGCAGCCUGUGGCAGUUAGUGAAAGUACAUCUGAUGGUUACUGGAAACAUGGGACUCCUGCUUUUCAGAAUGACCCAUCAAACUUUUUACAACCACAUGCUCAAAAGCCACCUGAAGUAAUCUCUGCAUAUGAAAAUUUUCAAAAUCAACAGAACUCUACAUAUUCUCAAGUGUCUACAUCACCAUAUCCAGCUUCAUAUCCAGCUUCAUACCAGGUUUCUCAGAGUCAUCAAACAUCCUUCCAAACUCUUCCUCCACCUCCCGAGCCUUUAGAUUCACGGAAGACAAGCAAAUUGCAAAUACCAACCAAUCCAAGAAUUGCUCCAAACCUCUCCAUGAGUGUAUCAAAACCCAACAAAGAUAACCCUGCAACUACUACAGCUGUAAAGCCAGCCUAUAUCAGUGUUGCAACGCAGCAGCCAAAUGAAAAAGUUGUGCCACAAGAGGAAGCUGAUGGGCUCAAGCCUGCUGUGUUUCCAAACUCAUUGCGGGGCUAUGUUGAGAGGGCUUUAGCUCGUUGCAAAAAUGAUAGACAAAAGGCAGCUUGCCAAGCUAUCAUGAAGGAGGUUAUAACGAAAGCAACAGCUGAUGGUACACUUUACACGAGAGAUUGGGACAUUGAGCCUCUAUUCCCCAUUCCGAAUACUGAUGCAGUUGACAAGUAUGAUACUGAAUUUCCAGUACUGACUUCUGCAACACAAAAAGUUAAGAGUCCUAGUCGUCGUGUCAAAAGUAGAUGGGAGCCCAUUUCAGAGGAAAAGGUGGCUGAUAAUAAAACUUCUAGUAUGUCCUUCGGAACUCCAAAAUAUGGUGCUUGGAAUAACAAGCAGUUUUCAGGUGGAAAAAUAGAGAAUAAGGUGAGUUUGGGCACAAAAUUUUCUUUUACAGAUCAGAAAUAUUUCAAUAGGAAUACUGCUAGACCUGCAAAGAGGCAGCGUCUUGGUGAAGAUCUAAACGCAGCUGAUGGUGGUGAAACUUCUAGUGAUAGUGAUAUGGAACAGAAUCUGACGAAAUACUAUUCUGCUGCUAUUACACUUGCUGAUACACCAGAGGAGAAGAAAAAACGUGAAAACCGUUCGAAACGUUUUGACAGGGGACAUGGAACCCGAGCAGAAAAAGUCAAGUUAAAAGCAAAAGAUCUUGGGGCUGGUAAUUUGUAUGCUAGGCGGGCUAGUGCCUUAAUUCUUAGCAAAACUUUUGACGAAAGUGGGAGCAAGGCUGUUGAAGAUAUUGAUUGGGAUGCCCUUACUGUUAAGGGAACCUGUCAGGAGAUCGAGAAACGCUACCUACGACUUACUUCUGCACCUGAUCCAGCAACGGUGAGGCCUGAAGAGGUGUUAGAAAAAGCUUUAGAGAUGGUUCAAAAUUCCCAAAAGAAUUACCUCUACAAAUGCGAUCAGUUAAAAUCAAUACGGCAAGAUCUUACCGUACAACAUAUACGUAAUGAGCUUACAGUUAAGGUGUAUGAAACUCAUGCUCGACUGGCCAUUGAAGUUGGGGAUUUGCCAGAGUACAAUCAGUGCCAAUCACAAUUGAAAACUCUUUAUGCAGAAGGAAUAUCAGGAUGCCAUAUGGAAUUUGCAGCAUACAAUUUAUUAUGUGUUAUAUUACACUCAAAGAAUAACCGGGAUCUUGUGUCAGCAAUGUCUAGAUUACCGCUUGAUGCUAAAACGGAUACAGCAGUAAAACAUGCUCUUUCAGUUCGCAGUGCUGUGACAUCAGGGAAUUACGUGAUGUUUUUCAGACUCUAUAAAACAGCACCAAAUCUUAACACCCUCCUUAUGGAUCUUUAUGUUGAAAAAAUGCGAUAUGCUGCUGUAAAGUGCAUAUCUCGUUCAUACCGUCCUACAGUCCCAGUGUCGUAUAUUUCUCAGAUUCUAGGCUUCUCAAGUGCAAUGCCUACAAGUGAACCAAGUGAUGAGAAAGAAGUAGAAGGAGUGGAGGAGUGCAUGGAAUGGCUAAAAGCUCAUGGUGCCUGCCUUAUUUCAGACGGCUCUGAGGAAAUGUUACUCGACACAAAGGUAAUUCUUGUCUAUGUUGCUUGGUCAGACUCAGAGAGGAUUACUCAGUUCUUUUGUUUGUUCAUACGUUUAACGAUUCACUUCAAUUCACAGCAUAGAAAUCUUAACUAUUUAAGAGUUUAAUAUUUGGGGUUUCCAUAUCUACGUAGCGAUGUGCCUCUGCUUAUUGGCAGGGUUUAGGAAAUUUUCGUAUGUCAGGUCAGCAUUACUUUUAUGUUAUUUUAAAGUUUCUUGGGUCAUCGUGAUCUCUUCCUUCUCUGCUUAUUGUUAGCUUUCAAGGUCGUGUUAGGUAAAACAGAAAAAUCUGUGUCUAGGUCUUUUUCAUAUAGAAUUGCCAUCUCCUUAUACAAGAGAUUAAAUGCUUAGUUUAGUAUUCGGACCAGAUUAUUGGUAUAAUUCUAAAUUGAUUUUGUCACCAUAAUGCUUUGUUUUUAUAUGUGUAGACUUCCGUAUCGAGUCUCUACAUGCCGGAGCCUGAAGAUGCCGUCUCUCAUGGAGAUGCAAAUCUUGCAGUUAAUGACUUCUUCACUCGGAGUUUAGCAUAGAACGUCGUUUGGAGCUAGUGGAUUGACACGUUUAGUGUUGGAUUAAGGGACAACGAGUCCCAAGAAUGACAGCCUCAGCCGCAUGCUCUGAUCGAACGUCUAUGCCAGGUAAGACGCCACGAGAGAUGAGGAGAAAGGAUUGUGGCUACAAUUUGUGUAGAGGCUGCUGCCAUUGACAUGGAUAUUGAAGUAGAAAAUCAUCAUUCUUUUUCUUUACAACUUGCGAUAAAAGUAGCUAAAGCUACGUUGUUGUAUCUUUAACUGUAUGCUCAUCUCAAAUAUAAACAUGUAGAACUUUUUGUUCUUGUA